GGAGGCAGUGAACUUUUAAUCCGAAACGGACGGUUAACAGUUCUUUCGGGACGGAGUACGCGAUUAGACGGGAAAAACGAAGAUCAAGGAGGAAGGUCCUUUCAGCAUGGCGUAGAACCGUCGCGAGGAUAUUCGUGAGAAAACACUGGAAACCAAACGUCCAGGUGGCUACCCCUUUAUCGUUCAAAACAGCGUCGAAUGAAACGCGAAGAAAGUGUACCAAAAACACUCAAUCACUAGGCAUCGAAGAAAAGAUGAUAUCCGAUCGUAGUUUGUAAAAUUUAAUCGCGAAACCGUGCCUUCGACAAGAGUGUAUUUCGUAAAAUUUUCCAAACGGAAAAAGAACGAGAUCGGUUAGGGGCGUGAUUCUAUUUGGCCAGAGCAACCUUUCGAAUUAAUAAUAAAUGGUGGUUCGGCCGGAACGAAAGCAAUCUCGAUUCCCGGUACGUACGAUCGGAGAAUAAGGAGUAUAGCGAAUCGUCGAGAUACUUCAUACACGUUUUGAUAAAAAAAAGUUCGCUCGAGGGAGAAGGUUCGUUCGUAACAGUGAAAGGGAACACGCCGGUAACGAUAAAUCGUUGCGUACGCUCGACGAGCGCAUAGUUAAUAGUAAAUAGAGCUUAAAUUUGAGAGAGAAUUCUAGAAAAAGGCUUGCAACAUUCGGUUACGGGAACUAUCGACCGGAGAAAAGAAAAUUUGUUUUCUAUCUACGAACGUUUGUAAUCAUCGUCGAGCAAAAAAAUUGCUGUAGAAAGAAGCUUAAGUACACGCCAAGAUCGCAGUUGAAAUUAGAAUGUUAUCGAACAAGCUCGACGAGUGGAAGAAAAUUUCCUUAAAAACGACGCGAAACUAGAGCGAGGGAUCAUUCUAUGCGGCCAUAAAACUUAUUGUCUGUCAAGAGAAAAUCAAAUACCGGGAGUCUGGAAAUCUCUGGAAUCCGGAGUUAAGUAGAACAUUGUACGAUUCGGUGAACGAUUCCAAAAGAAAGAGAGCCCAGCCUGCGAGGAAGGACUCUGUUUUUUUUUUACUCGACGAAAAGGAAUCCGACGAACGCAAGGUUUCCAAGGAAUUAAGCUUAAAUUCUGAAAAGAAACGAGGACGUUUGCGUUCGUUUAACGCCGAGAAAAAUAAUAACUGAUAAGAGAUAUCUUGAAACGAAAAUCCAAGUUGAGCAGAAUCGUGUAAAUGUGGUAUCGAGCUUAACUUUCCAAUAGAAAUACUUAUCCAUUGAACGGACUCCGUGUCGAAGGGGCAAGAUUCUGAAAGAAAGGAACUGUUCGGGAGGAAGGACUCCUCUCUCGUUUUUCAAAACGGUGGACAGCAAGACACGAAAAACGGCGAACCACUACGGCGUCCACUAUACGGGCUCGUACGCGUACAGCAACGGGGCACCGAGCGUGUACAGCAGCUAUCCGGCGAACGGCGGCUUCGCUCAACAUCAGCUCCAUGAAGACUACCGGCCGAUUUACUUUUACGUAGCGCAACCGUACACUAUACCGUACACGUUCGCGAGGAGACCCAGGCCGUCCUCUCUGCUCAGGCCGGGCAAACCUCGGAGCAACUGCCGCGUCAAGUUCUCCAAGAGGCUCGGUAACGCCGACUUCUCGCAGAAGGUGAAGCAGGGCGAGUUCUCCAGGAGUCUCAGCCAGGUCCACUUCGUCGAGAGCCAGGGACAAGUGAUCUCGAACUAUCCGAAGGCUGGUCCGACGUCGCGUGACCCAAGGAUGACGUCCAUGUUCCGUAGAGGCACGAUCUUCGCCACGUUUUUCCUGUCGUUGCUCGGCGGCGGCCUCGUGUGCGCCGCUCUUGUAACGCAACACUGGGUCGAGGCGCGACCCCUGAGGACACCAAACCCCCAGGAAAGCGCCGGCAGGGUUCACUUUGGCCUCCUUCAAGGAAAGAAAGAGUUGAACGUCGCGUACGGCUGGAGGACGUACCACAUCUCCGUGCCUGAGAUGAUCAGACAGGACCCAACGGUGAUGUCCUGGGGACUUUGGAUCAGCACUCUGACAACGACAUCGGCGGCCCUGGUCACCGCAGGCCUCGCAGCGCUUCUCGCCGUUUUGAACACGGCCACUUCGCCGAGGUCCAAAGUCCUCUCCGAUCCAGGGGUAUACUUCAUAAAUAUUUUAACGCUUUUAAUGUGCCUGGCGAGCACGAGCACUUGGCUGGCACAGUAUUACACGAAGCUGUACUUCAACGUGCUUCCGAAGGAGGACAUCGACAAUAUGUGGACCAGCGAGGGUUCUGCUGAGCUCGGUUAUUCGUUUUGGCUCGUCGUUUGCGCCGGCGCGGUGCAUUUGAUCAGCAUAGCGUUGGUCGGUUGGGGCUCGGGACGAGACAAAAUCGAACGCCUGGAAACGAUUCCGCCGCUGGAGGAGAAGACCGCCGCUGCAAUAAUGUUGUAUUAAAUCGCGGGAUGCUCGGGACGAUGGCUCGAAGCGAGAUCCAUUACAAAAAAAACAACGUUCGCGUCGCUGGCGCGAGCCAGGCCCAAUGUGAGUUGAGUUCCUAAGUGUUUACUGGCAUAUUUAGCGCCGUGUAGCGUCUCAAGAGCAAACACGUUAACGGAAUUAGCUUCGAAUCGUGGACGAAUGUUUUUAACGUAAGAUCAAAGUUCCAAUAAAAUUUUACGUAACAUUUGCACGUGGACUCGUUGCAACGUACGAAAGCAUGGAAAUUAUGAAAUUCACGAGCUCGACUACGAACGAUAAGAAAAAGUUCACGAAGCAACUAUUUUUGUAACGAUGUUGAUCCUUGGUCCCGACGUUUCGUUUAAAGACUGUGACCGCUGAGUGUUUUUGAUAGCCGUUAAAAUAAUCGUGAGUGGAUAUAAGAGAGUGUCGGUUGACGAGUGUUUCUGUUACAAAUGGACGACUUGUAGCGUGUGUGUUACGGUAUCGUUAAACUAUGUUACAAUUUCAAGUAAUAAAGUCGACAAGUGUCUCGACGACAUGGUUGCGACUCGUUCUAGCAUAAUAAUUUAAAUACUCUUGUUAGUUGUGUAUCUUUCGCGCGUUUUAAAUGCCCAUUUUCACGUUUAGAGAUUUUUUGUCUGAGAAACAUUUAGCAGCUUUACGCGAUACAAUUAAAAAUCAAAUACGUAAGAAAGAUAUCGUAUAUCUUGCCUUUUACGAGAGAGCUGGUAAAACGAUCGUCGUGUACUAUGGUUGGAUCAAAAUCUACUGGCCGCUCAAGGCUAUUGAAGGUGUGUGUCCCCUCCACCAUGUUAGUUAUGUCAGAAAACCUUGCGCAGCCAAGCCAGUUACCGACUGCAGUGCACAAUGUGUCGAUGAACAAGUCGAUUCACGACUUGGUGUUGUAGGGUGUAAAUAGAAACGGAGUUUGAUACUCUGUAGUGAUUUAUUUAUUACGUAGUAUCGUAAUUAUUAAAUAUACCAUAAAUGUAAUAAAACAAUUAAAAAAACAAAUA